CAUUUCAAACAAUCAUUUCUUUCAUGUUUUGAUCGAUUGGAGAAAAGGAGAAGAAGAAGAAGCGGAGUUUAUCUAUGGGAGCUUACAGGAUGUGCGGGUGCUUUACUAGGAAGUUCAAAGUCAUUGAAGCGCCACCACCGCCGGAUGUUAAAGCUGCAUUCGAGAAGUACGCUGAAGGCGGGAAUCAAAUGACGGUGGAGCAGUUGCGUAGGUUCUUGGUGGACGUGCAGGGGCAAAGCGGUGCGACGAUCGCCGACGCGGAGGAGAUUGCGUUGCAGGUUCUGCAGAAACGACACCAUAUGGCGAAAUUCAGAAGACACGCGUUGACUCUCGAUGAUUUCUAUCAGUUCUUGUUUUCUGCAGAUCUAAAUCCUCCAAUCGACACGAAGGUCCACCAUGACAUGACGGCUCCUUUGUCCCAUUAUUUCGUAUUCACUGGACACAAUUCAUAUUUGACUGGAAAUCAGCUCAGCAGUGACUGUAGCGAUGUCCCCAUCAUAAAAGCACUGAAGAGAGGUGUUAGAGUGGUGGAGCUUGAUCUAUGGCCUAAUUCCUCAAAAGACGAUGUGCAUGUUCUACACGGAAGGACUUUGACAACUCCGGUGGAACUCAUUAAAUGUUUGACAUCCAUUAAAGAACAUGCUUUUAGUGCAUCCGAAUAUCCAGUUAUAAUUACUCUUGAAGACCACCUGACUCCAAAGUUACAGGAAAAAGUUGCUCAGAUUAUUAGUCAAACGUUUGGGAAAAUGCUGUUUUGCCCUCAAUCUGAAUGUUGCAAAGAAUUCCCUUCACCAGAGGAUCUCAAGUAUCGUAUAAUUAUUUCAACCAAACCUCCCAAAGAGUACCUUGAAGCUCAGACUAACAAAGACAAAGACAAGGAAAAGGAUUCAGAUGACGAUGUUUGGGGAAAAGAACCAGCAGAGCUUGCUGUUGAUGAAGAGGAUGACAAGACUGAUAGUGAUGCAAGUGAGAACACUCAGGAUGAUGAAGAAACAGAUGCAUCUGAACCUGAGUUAAACUCUUCAAUAGCCCCUGGUUACAAGAGUCUUAUUGCCAUUCAUGCUGGGAAACCCAAAGGUGGGAUGAAGAAUGCACUCAAAGUUGACCCUGAUAAAGUUAGGCGCCUUAGUCUGAGUGAACAGGCACUUGAAAAAGCUACAAUGUCCUAUGGGACAGAUGUUGUGAGAUUCACCCAGAGGAAUUUCCUUAGAAUAUAUCCCAAGGGUACUCGGUUUAACUCCUCAAACUACAAACCACAGAUUGGUUGGAUGCAUGGAGCUCAAAUGGUUGCCUUUAACAUGCAGGGAUAUGGUAAAUCUCUUUGGCAGAUGCAUGGGUUGUUUAGAGCCAAUGGAGGUUGUGGUUAUGUAAAAAAACCUGAUUUUCUGAUGAAUGUCGAUACGAACGGCCAGGUUUUCGAUCCACGAGCUAAGCUACCUAUCAAGAAAAGAUUAAGGGUGAGAGUUUACAUGGGAGAUGGAUGGAACUUGGAUUUUAAGAAAACACACUUCGACACCUAUUCGCCACCUGAUUUCUAUACAAAGGUUGGCAUAGCAGGAGUGCCAGCUGAUGAAACAAUGAAGAAAACAAAGACACAAGAAGACAACUGGAAACCCGUUUGGGAUGAAGAAUUUAUAUUUCCAUUGACUGUUCCGGAAUUGGCUUUGCUCCGAGUUGAGGUCCACGAGUACGACAUGUCCGAGAAGGAUGAUUUCGCCGGUCAAACAUGUUUGCCGGUGUCCGAACUGAAGCAGGGGAUUCGAACAGUCCCCCUCUUUGAUCGGAAAGGAGAGAAGUUAAACUCUUCAAGACUUCUAAUGCGAUUUGAUUUUAUCUGAGACUAAAAAGAGAGAUGUCGAUUUAUUAUGUAUUUAGUUUGGUUGACGAACUACCUGUUUUGCUCCAUACCCUCGAAUGAUAAUAGC